CUUACUUCCUGUUAAACAAGCAAGUCGAAAGAAAUAGACCGCCCUUUGUUAAAUGAACUACUUUUCAACUGCCAUGUCGGCCUCAAAGCUGUCAGAUUCUUCUUUCACAGUUAUUUUGACUCCAAGGAUUCAUCUAUAAACAGGAAAUUGUCACUUAGUGACACAAGGUCUAUUUAUAUUGUUAAGUGACAAUCCAGUGCCUUGAAAUAUCCUCCAAAGUUUUAAACUCAUUCAGACUAAGAAAUAAUGGAGGGUGACAACAGAAGGCUCCAGGCCACAAAUUAUGAGCAUAAACUGGAACAGCGUGCUGUGAAGCACAGAGAAAUCAGCGAUCGGAACAACAUGACAUCUUGCCGUAGUCCCACAAGAGAUCUGGAUACACGGUGGAUUAGAAAUGAACUGCAUCGCAAAAGACAGUUUGAGUUCUCAAAGAGAAGACCAGUGGACCAUGGCGAAUAUGCACCGUUAUCUUCAGUGCCAAGGCACAAAUAUUCCAGGGAAAUCCUGCAUACACCACAGCAUAUGAUGCAAACCUCAAUGUCAAUCAGACGGCUCUUGAUGACAAGUCAAAAUGCAAAGCUCAAAAGAGAUGGCAUAAAUUCUGCAAAGCAGACAGUCUUUACAUCUUCACUUAAUGAUGAGAAUGAUCCUGGGCAGAAAUCAGAGAGGGAUGAACCUGCCCUAAAUCCUUAUCGGAUUACAAGGAAAAUGAAAAAAGAGAGAGUUACUCUACAAGAUAUUAGUCAGCUCUCAAACAGCCAGAAGACAUUACAAACUGCUGGCAUUCAGACUGAGUCUGGAUUUGUUACUGUCAAAGAAGCGGAUGUACAACAGUUGGCUGAUUAUUUAGAGGAGGCCUUACGUAGAGAAGAGGCUCUUAAAAAGAAGCUUGCUGGCCUUCAGAAGAGUGCUUCUACAUUACUGCACUCUACAGAGCUCCUGUGGAAGACUCGCUGUGAUGAGGACUUGCUGAAGAGCAAGAUCAAAGCUCUGGAGGCUCAGCUGCAGGUUUGUAUCAAGAAGGUUCCUCAGGAUGGAAUGAAAAAAGUGGUGCUAAAGAUGGAAAAACAGAGGGAGGAGUACGAACAGAAAUCUAUGAAGGCUAUUCAUAGGGCGGAAAAUGAGAAGGCGGAGGCUCAAAGCAAGAUGGAGUACCUCCAGGGGGUGCUGCAGACAACCCAGGCAGAGUCAGAUCAGUGGCAGAGCCUGUGUGAGGAGCUGAGAGAGGGAUCAAGCCAGCUGAAGAAGCAGCAAGACCAGUGCACUGAUCAGAUAUUACAGCUGCAGGGCCACUUAGAGCACUCUGUUGGACAGGAGGAGAUGCUCAGAAAGUCGACAGAAUCUCUUCAGCUGGAGAGAGCAGAGCUUCAUUCCUGCAUUGCAGAACUGGAGGAAGAAAACCUCAGCCUGAGAGAACAACUACAGGAUGUCACCGGACACAACCAUGAGUGGUGGAAUAAUAACACACCACUCAUGCAAGAAGAUGCUUCAGUCCUGGACCAGCUCUUGCAGACAGAUAACAGUAUGGCCAAACACAUCAGAGAGACUGGACACCGACUCAGAUUGAAAGAAAAAGAGUGCAUGCAGCUGCAGGCAGAACUUGAGGUCCUGGAGCUGGAGUGUCAUGGCUAUCAGUCCCAACUGACCCAGUGCCGGGAAGAACUGAAUAUACUGACCACACACCAGAACAGCACCAGGAGGGGGUGCUGUUGGUCCUGGCUCUGUUUGUGCUUUUUCUUACUGCUUAUGAUGAUUGUGGUAGUUGCAGCCUUGUGGUUAUACCAUCCACCGGCCAGGGAGCAGCUAUGCCAGUUUUACUCGCUCCUGAAAAAGCAUAUGGAGGACUACAUGAUACUAGCAGCAUCAGCACAACGUGGAACCUGCGUUAGACCUGUCUGACAAGAGAACAAGGAACAAGACCAAAGCCAAGAAUGUUCUAGAUAUAUUGUUUGUUUAUAUUUAUUUUGUUUUUAAAUUGAAUUUGUAUGAAUUUGAAACCUCAUUAAUACGUGUAAUAUGACUUUUAUUGUUUUGUUUAAAAUACAUGAAUUUUCACAAUUAUGUAGAAUGUUUUGGAUUGUUUUCUAAUGAUUCUUUAAAAUAGUAUAUAAAAUAGAACAAAUUGCACAGUCUAAAUCUUACACAACAGUAUUAAAAUGAAUU